CUGCAGAUGCCUUAAAAAAAUAAAAGCAGCCUAUCAUUCGGCAGGUUUUAAUUUCAAUACCGUGGUGAAAUACAUUUGUUUUAAAUGGUAUACAUUGUGUGAUAUUUAGAAAAUAAAUCCAAGGAAUACAUUUGUAGUCUCGCGCAUACACUGAUGACAUCACGCGAUGUUUUUAGUGCUAUGGCGUACCAGGAAGGGGAGUCGCUUGAAUCAUGGCUCAAUAAAGCCACCCAUCCAACAAACAGACAGGAGGACUGGGAGUACAUCAUAGGCUUCUGUGAUCAGAUCAACAAGGAACUGGAGGGUCCUCAGAUAGCUGUAACAUUGCUCGUCCACAAAAUCCACUCACCACAAGAAUGGGAAGCGCUUCAGGCUCUGACUGUAUUGGAGGCAUGUAUGAAGAACUGCGGGAGAAGGUUUCAUAACGAAGUCGGAAAAUACAGAUUUUUGAACGAGCUGAUCAAAGUUGUGUCUCCAAAGUACCUGGGCGACAGUGCGCCUGAGAAGGUGAAGAUGAAGAUUGUAGAAAUGCUGUACAGCUGGACUGUUGCUUUUCCCAACGAAGCCAAGAUCAGUGAAGCCUACCAGACACUUAGAAGACAGGGGCUCGUGACACGUGACCCAGAGUUACCGCUGGACAGGACUCUGAUCCCCUCUCCUCCGACACGACCCAAACACCCAGUGUUUGACAAUGAGGACAUGGGCAAGCUGCUUGCUGAGCUUCUACGGAGCAAAAAUCCAGAAGACCUCCAGGAAGCCAACAGAUUAAUCAAAAACAUGGUGAAAGAGGAUGAGGCACGAGUGCAGAAGGUCACGAAGCGUAUAAACACACUGGAGGAGGUGAACAUCAAUGUCAAGUUGCUGACUGAGAUGCUCUCCCACUACAAUAAAGACAGCUCCUCUGACUCAGACAAGGAGAUCAUUAAGGAACUCUACGAGCGGUGUGACAAGCUGAGGCGUGCUGCUUUCAAAAUGGCCACUGAGGCCGAGGACAAUGACACCAGUUUAGGUGACAUCCUUCAGGCCAACGAUGACCUCUCCAAGGUUAUCAACUCCUAUAAGAAGAUUGUUGAAGGGCAGACGAUCAACGGUGACAGUGAAGAGCCUCAAUCCACAGCUGAGAGCGACACCACAGACACACUGAUCGACCUCGCCGGCCUCGACACUCCGAGCCCUCCUCAACCUGCCGCCCUUCCCUCGCUGUGCUCAAAUCCCAUCUCUACCAAUCUCACGGCUUCCCCCAUCCCUGUCCUGCCUCCUCCACCUAAACGCCUGGGUGGAUCCCACGGCAGUCAGGGCAGCAGCCCGAGUCACCCCCCCCUCGACAAGGCCUCCACUGCGCUCUCUCUCCUUGAUGAUGAGCUGCUGUCUCUAGGACUGAAUGACCCCCCUACCUCUCUGAGCAGCCAAUCAAAACCCAAGUUGAGUGAAGUAUCCAGUCAGUGGAGUUCCUUGCAGGCCCCAGCAUCAAGCGUGGAUAUGUUUGGGAGUGUACCUCUUUCAGGUCCAGUGCUCCCCCCAGCUGAACCAGCCGUCACCAUACACAGUCUCCAGAACCUGCAAGACCUUGCCAUGAUGGGCUUUUCAGAUCACAAGAGUUUGUCCAGCCAAAUGACGAGGGGAAGCAGCUUUGGGAUGCCUGUAGCGGCACCUCCCCUCAUGCCUGGGCAGGGCUCUCCCUCCUCAGCCUCUCUUCUCCAGGGUACAAUGCCCAGCUCCCCUGCUCUAUCCCACGCCAAGACCCAGAGCCUCGGCUCGGCCCCAGGCAGCCCGCUGUUCCGCUCUCUGUCCCCCUGCCAUCCUCCCCUCCAGGGCAGCCCGGCCAGAGCAACAGACAUCUCCCUGAGCAAUGUGCACGUCCCUCUGGAGGCCAUCAGACCAAGUAAAGUGUUGCCUGUGACGGCCUACGAUAAGGACGGUGUUAGAGUGCUGCUCAACUUUGCAUCUGACUGUCCCCCCGGCAGGCCUGACGUGUUGGUAAUGGUGGUGUCCAUGCUCAACACAGCGCCACUGCCUGUUCACAAUGUGGUACUGCAAGCUGCUGUGCCCAAGUCCAUGAAGGUGAAGCUGCAGACUCCAUCAGGAACAGAACUGGCACCAUUUAAUCCUGUCCUACCUCCAGCCUCCAUUACCCAGAUCAUGUUGCUGGCCAAUCCAUUAAAGGAGAAGGUGCGCCUGCGCUACAAACUGGCUUUCACGUUAGGAGUUCGUCCGUGCAACGAGGUCGGAGAGGUUGACCAGUUCCCCCCACCAGAGAUGUGGGGUCACCUAUAGCAGCGUGCAGGCCUGUCACCACUCAGCAGGGACAGACUGGUUCGUGCUCCAUGAAGGGGUGUGUGUGUGUGUGUGGGGUCACAUACAUCCCAGAGAGAGUUUGCAGGGAAGGUGGAGAAAUUCAGCUGCAUUGUUAAAGUAACAAUAACUUGAUCUUUCAGCUUCACAUUCCUUAUGGUUCCUUUUGUUUUGGUCAUUGUUGUUACUGGCAGUGAGAUGCUAACAGCAGACACUAAAAACUUUAUUUAUACAGUGCUUGUAUACUUUUCCGCAGACAGCUAACAAACUAAAGACUGGUCUCAAACUGGCAUGAUGCGUUGCAACAUAACAAAAUAUUUUAAAAGAGAUGAACUUCUUUUAUUUAUUCCUCUGGUUGAGCUUUUUACCCAGGACAACAUACUUGAAUUAUUUCCAGAGAUUUAGAAAUAUUUGGAUUUGGAAAGAUUUCUUAAGAUGGAGUUGAAGUGGAAACUUUAUCUGUUAAAUAAAGAGUACUGUCACGUAUUCAUUGCUGCAGGAAGAUAGUUGACUGUUUCAUGAAUAUACUGCGUGACUAUUUUAGCCAGCAGGAUUUUUGUCAUGGUUAAGUAAAUUAUACUAGCUAAUGUGGCCCUGUUUUAGAUUAGUGGACCAACAAUGUUGAAUAUUGUGCUGGUAAGGCAACAAACAGCACUUUCGGUAAAGGUAAACAGUAAUUUCUUAUUAUUGAUAUGUCAUUAUUACUUGAGUCUACUGAGUCCAACACUGGUUUUAUUUCAUGUGAUUAGUUUUUUUUUCUUUUGAACGUAAUGAAAAGUGAUUUUUCCAGAUCAUCAGCAUUUCAGUUAUGUUUUUAGUUAUAGUCGUUAGGUACCCAUAUUUUUUCGUUCUGUAUUUAAAGAGGUUUAUUCUUCUACCACUGUAAGUAUUGGGAAUACAUUUGUCAUAUUUAUUUUCUUUUUUAGUAUUUCAGUGCAUCACUGAACCUAGAAAAUGUGACUUGAAAAAUCUGGAUUUAAAUUUGGUAGCUUGAAAGAGAAAUCAGUCAUCAGGCAGAUUUCUUUCCAGUGUGCAGCAGUGGGAUAUGUGGAGUGGAACUGUGCAGUGAAUAACUUUGCAUAAAUCAGUUCACCCGAUCCUCCUUUUGGUCCCUUCUCCAGUAGUCCUCAACUCAUCGUCAUAGGGGAUGUACAGAAGUGUGUGUUAAAUGUACAUAGUAUGUAAUGUACCUAUCGUUUGUUGUAUGACAAGUUAUGUGAACAUGUGACGUGCAGAUUUUGGGAGAGUGUUAGGUCUGUACAUACUGUAUGAUGUGCCAUUUGUUUGCUGCAUGAAGAAAUAAAUAUUUCUUUCAAUGGA